GGAAGAUUGGAAAUGCAGCUCUGGAGUUUGCUGCUGCCUCUUGCGCUUCUCUGUACAGCCCUAGCCAGUGGACCCGAAUGUGGGAUGGACGAGCGCUCCCGCAGGGCACGAAGGGACACCAGGCACAGCCGCCAGCUCCUCCACACUGCCCCGGGCACCUGUGCCACCAGGUUAGCCCGAGGAAGGCGCUCCACUGCUGGGCUGGAGCCUGGGCAUGUCCCCCGCAGGAGGCAACAGCGGGAGGUAAAGGACGAAGAGGAGUCCCUUACCCCGAGCAGGGCGCUCUAUUUCAGUGGCCAAGGUGAUCAGCUGCGGCUGAAGGCAGAUAUUGAGCUGCCCCGAGAUGCCUUCACUUUGCAAGUGUGGCUGAAAGCCGAAGGAGGACAGAGAUCUCCGGCUGUCAUUGCAGGACUGUAUGACAAAUGUUCUUACACCUCCCGCGACCGAGGAUGGGUCCUGGGGAUUAACACCGUCAGUGACCAGGGGAACAGAGACCCCCGCUAUUUCUUCUCCCUGAAGACGGACCGUGCCCGCAAAGUGACCACCAUCGUGGCACACCGCAGCUACCUCCCCAACCAGUGGGUGCACCUGGCUGCCACCUACGACGGGCACCUGAUGAGGCUCUACGUGAACGGCGCCCAGGUGGCCACGAGCGGAGAGCAGGUGGGCAGCAUCUUCAGCCCCCUGACCGUGAAGUGCAAGGUGCUCAUGCUCGGGGGGAACGCCCUGAACCAGAACUAUCGGGGAUACGUGGAGCACUUCAGCCUCUGGAGGACAGCCCGGUCUCAAAAGGAGAUCUUGUUGGACAUGGACCAGGCGGUUCACAGGCAAGACACGCCCCUACCUCAGCUAGUCCUUCAAGACAGUUUACUGAAUGUGAAAAGCACCUGGUCUCCCAUGAAGGAUGGCAGCAGUCCCAAGCUCAAGUUCAGCUACCACCACGGCUACUUGCUGGACACCAGCCUGGACCCUCCUCUCUGCGGGCAGACGGUCUGCGACAACACCGACGUCAUCGCCAGCUACAACAAGCUGCCGCGGUUCCGCCGCGACAAAAUCGUGCGGUACCGCGUGGUGAACCUCUACGACGACAAACACCAGAACCCCACCGUCAGCCAGCAGCAGAUCGACUUCCAGCACCAGCACCUGAACGAGGCGUUCAGCCGCUACAACAUCACCUGGGAGCUGGAGGUGCUGGAGGUGAUGAACUCUUCGCUUCGCCACCGCCUCAUCCUGGCCAACUGCGACAUCAGCAAGAUCGGGGAUGAGAACUGUGACCCUGAGUGCAACCACACCUUGACUGGCUACGACGGAGGGGACUGCAGGCACGUGCGGCACACGCUCUUCAACAAGAAGAAGCAGAACGGGGUGUGUGACAUGGAUUGUAAUUACGAGAGGUACAACUUCGAUGGGGGGGAGUGCUGUAACCCGGAGAUAACAGAAGUCACCAAGACCUGCUUUGACCCAUAUUCUCCUUACAGGGCAUACUUAGAUGUCAAUGAACUAAAGAACAUACUCAAACUGGAUGGAUCCACACACCUCAACAUCUUCUUUGCCAAUUCCUCUGAGGAGGAGCUGGCUGGAGUGGCAACUUGGCCCUGGGACAAAGAAGCCUUGAUGCAUCUAGGUGGCAUUGUGCUGAAUCCCUCCUUCUAUGGAAUCCCUGGCCACACUCACACGAUGAUCCACGAAAUCGGGCACAGCCUGGGGCUCUAUCACGUCUUCCGGGGGAUCUCCGAGAUCCUCUCCUGCAGCGACCCGUGCAUGGAAACUGAGCCCUCCUUCGAGACUGGGGACCUGUGCAGUGACACCAACCCUGCUCCCAAGCACAAGCUGUGUGGGGAUCCCGGGCCUGGCAAUGACACCUGUGGCUUUCACAGUUUCCUGAACACGCCCUUCAGUAACUUCAUGAGCUACGCAGACGAUGACUGCACCGACUCCUUCACUCCCAACCAGGUGGCCAGGAUGCACUGCUACCUGGACCUCGUCUACCAGAGCUGGCAGCCCACCAAGAAACCGGCUCCUGUUGCCAUUGCCCCCCAGAUCGUGGCUCGGACCUCCACCUCUGUCACUCUGGAGUGGUUCCCACCCAUCGACGGCCACUUCUUUGAAAGAGAAGUGGGAUCAGCAUGUGAUCUGUGUGCGGAAGGAAGAGUCCUGGUGCAAUACGCCUUCAGCGCCUCGUCCCCCAUGCCCUGCGAUCCCUCGGGGCACUGGAGCCCACGGGAGGCAGAAGGGCACCCUGAUGUGGAGCAGCCUUGUAAAUCCAGCGUCAGGACGUGGAGUCCCAACUCGGCAGUCAACCAACACACGGUGCCCCCAGCCUGUCCCGAGCCCCAGGGCUGCUACCUGCAGCUGGAGUUCCGUUAUCCCCUGACUCCAGAGUCUCUCACAAUCUGGGUGACAUUUGUUUCCCCGGACUGGGACUCCAGUGGAGCAGUGAAUGACAUCAAGUUGCUCACCGUCAGCGGGAAGAACAUUUCUCUGGGGCCGCAGAACGUCUUCUGCGACAUCCCACUGACCAUAAAGCUGGAUGCAGGACGGGUGGGCGAGGAGGUGUAUGGAAUCCAGAUCUACACCCUGGAUGAGCACCUGGAAAUCGAUGCUGCCAUGCUGAGCUCUGUCCCCCACAGCACGCUGUGUGCAGACUGCAAACCCAUCCAGUACAAAGUGGUUCGGGACCCUCCUUUCCAGUCUGGAUCUCCAGUUGUCAUCUCAAACCUCAGCAGGAGAUAUGUUGACACGGAGCUGAGUGACAGGACCACGUACACGUACCAGGUCGUCAUUGUUUCCGGGAUGGAGGAGAGUGAACCUUCCCCUGCUCUCGUCUAUAUCUCUGGAAGUGGAUACUGUGGAGAUGGGAUUAUCCAAAUAGAACUGGGGGAAGAAUGUGAUGACAUGAAUAAGAUCAACGGGGAUGGCUGCUCCCUGUUCUGCCUGCAGGAGUUGUCCUUCAACUGCAUCGAUGAACCCAGCAGGUGCUACUUCCACGAUGGUGAUGGAGUGUGUGAGGAAUUUGAGCAGAUGACCAGCAUCAAAGACUGUGGCGUUUACACCCCCAAAGGCUUCCUCGAUCAAUGGGCUUCCAACGUCUCCGUCUCGCAUCACAGUGACCAGCAGUGCCCAGGAUGGGUGGUCAUCGGUCAGCCAGCAGCCACCCAGGUGUGUCGGACUAAGGUGAUUGACUUGAAUGAUGGUGUCUCCCAGUACGCCUGGUACCCCUGCACAGCCAACUUCCAGUACUCCCACAUGACACAGACCAUUUUCUGGCUCAAGGCUUAUUUUUCCCAGCCUAUGGUAGCUGCAGCAGUCCUAGUUCACCUGGUCACUGAUGGGACCUAUUACCUGGAUCAGAAGCAGGAGACCAUUGGUGUGCAGCUGUUUGACACCAAAGAGCAAAGCCACGAUCUUGGUGUCCACGUCCUGAGCUGCAGGAACAAUCCCCUGAUUAUCCCCGUCAUCCAUGACCUCAGUCACCCUUUUUAUCACACCCAGGCUGUCCUCAUUAGCUUCAGCUCCCAGUUUGUGGCCAUCUCCGGGGUGGCCCUGCGUUCCUUCCACAACUUCGACCCUAUCACCAUCAGCAGCUGCCAGCGAGGACAGACCUACAGCCCGGCGGAGCAGAGCUGUGUCCACUACUCCUGUGAAGCCACGGACUGCCAGAAGCUGGAGAUCGAGCACGCAGUGCUGAACUGCACCGGCGGCUGGUACAACGGGGCCCAGUGCAACGUGAGCUGCAGGACCGGCCACAUCCUGCACGUCCACAGGGAUGAUGAUCUCAUCAAGAGCCAGAUGGAGUCCAGCAUCACCAUGACUUGCGUGGAUGGGAAGUGGAACAAGCAGGUGACCUGCGAGCCUGUGGACUGCGGUGUCCCAGACCAGUACCACGUCUACCCAGCCACCUUCAACUGCAGCGAGGGGACCACCUUUGGCAAGAAAUGCUCCUUCACUUGCCGACCUCCUGCUCUUCUGAAAGGAAACAACAGCAACUUGACCUGCAUGGAGGAUGGGCUGUGGUCCUUUCCAGAGGCCCUGUGUGAGCUGAUGUGCCGAGCACCCUCCGUCGUCCCUAAUGCAGAUCUCCAGACUUCUCGUUGCCGAGAAGACAAGCACAAAGUGGGCUCGUUUUGCAAGUACAAGUGCAAACCAGGUUACCAUGUCCCUGGAUCCUCCAGAAAAUCGAGAAAGCGAGCCUUCAAGAUCCAGUGCACACAGGAUGGCACGUGGCUGCCAGGUGCUUGUGUGCCCGUUACUUGUGACCCGCCACCUUCCAAGUUCCACGGGCUCUACCAGUGCUCCAACGGCUUCCAGUUCAACAGCGAGUGCCGGAUCAAGUGUGAGGAUGAUGACAGUCAGUCGGGCCGUGGAAGCAACGUGAUUCACUGCAGGAAGGAUGGCACGUGGAGCGGCUCCUUCCACCUGUGCAGGGAGAUGCAGGGGCAGUGCACUCUGCCCACCCAGCUCAACAGCCACCUGAAGCUCCAGUGCGCCGGCGGCUACGGAAUAGGCACAGAGUGUACCACCUCAUGUCUGGAUCACAGUCACGAGCCCAUCCUCCUGCGCGUGAACGAGACCGUGCAAGACAUCCAGCACUGGAUGAACCCUCAGAGAGUGAAGAGCGUUGUCUGCACGGCAGGACUAAAGUGGUAUCCUCACCCUUCCCUGAUUCAUUGUGUCAAAGGCUGUGAGCCUUUCAUGGGGGACAACUACUGUGACUCCAUCAACAACCGAGCCUUCUGCAACUAUGAUGGUGGGGACUGCUGCGCCUCAACAGUCAAGACCAAAAAGGUUACACCAUUUCCUAUGUCCUGUGACCUACAAGGAGAGUGUGCUUGCCGGGACCCCAACGCCCAAGAGCACAACCAGAAAGACCUCCGUGGCUUCAGUCUUGGGUAAUGCCAAGCGACGUGGAAUGGAGGACCACACUGCUCAAGGCAGGCUAGGAGAGACACCACAUCCCUUUUGGUAUCGUUUUUAACAUUUAGCUGCUCAACUGGAUGGCGUUUCUGCACCAGGGACCCUUAGAAUUCAACCAGUCUGCCUUUAAUUUUUGUCCAAGGAGAACUAAAGUAGGGGUUUAUGUAUUAACUAUAUCUUAAAUAGUGAUGACGAGAAACAACCAACCAAGAGUCAAGUCGAGAAGACUUUCAUGUAUCAAAACAGCAUGUUAUGCCCACCUAAUUUGAACAGUUCAUAUCUAGAUUCAAGGCGAGAAACAAACUAUUUAUGUACACAUAUUUAUAGAAAUAAGUAGAGAAAGAGAGAAAGAGUGAGAGAUUAUGAUCAACGCAAAAACACUUUCCCCUCCCCAGCACUCACAACUCAGACCAUUCAUGGGAGAGGCUGUGCUCUUGGAGGACUCCAAGCUGAGCCUUUUCUGAUGCUGAAUGCCAAGGUAUCACAUGCUCGGGGCACUGAGGUUGGGGUAGGAUCUCCACAGGGCUGGGCCUCUUGGCAAGUGACCUGCCAGACGCCCAGCCAGCUCGAGAUGUGGGAUGCAUCUGCUCCUCACAGGAAUGCUAAUUCCAGCCAGGGAGCUCAGCAGACUGCAGUGGCCUUUCUGUACAGCUCCUCCUUCUCCCCCUGCUGCCCUCAAAAAGCCAACAAAAAGCCCCUUUGUAGCCUGAAGGGCUUCUGGGACGUUUCUGUGUGGAGAUGGGCAGGUGGUCCCAUGGUGGAGUCAGGGAGUGGGGAGUCUAAGGACUGGCAUUGAGGAAUGUGGAUGGAUGAUUGUUUCUGAGGAGCAGAGAGGGUAACUCACGCCCGCACUUGUCAUUUGAGCAUGUCUGCUGCUGCUACUCCUGCUGCUAUGUCCCAUUCAACUAGUAUCCUUACUGUGUCAGGACAGGGUGAAAAACAACCCCAUGCAACCAAACAGUCUGCCUUAAAGCUUACCUACAACCUGCCUUUCAAACCCUCUGGUCUCUUCCUCAGCAUUGGGGCAAGAAAAAAGGACACCAGCCAGCCAAAGAAAUCUGCUUUCUGGUCUCCACCCAGCCAAGUGGUUCUCGAGACCUCCCCCACCCCACUCUUACAGUGGUCUCUAUCUGACAACUGCUUCAUGCUCCUGUUUUUUCAGGAGAGGGGAAGAGGAGGAGACACAUGCCAAGGGGGAAGGAUCACAGGAGAUAGUAUUAGAAUUUUGGCCAUAUUUGUCAGUAUUAAGCUGCCAGGGCAGUGGGUCAGACCCUUUUAACAAACCAGGAGCUUAGCUGCUUGUAAUCUUCCAGAACGAAGGGCAUUAGCUGCAGCAGAUCUCACACUUCCCUGCCAUCCUUCUGUUUCAGUCCAGAGGGGAACAUGUUGUGCCAGAUCCUUGGUGAUUCUUUUCAUCACAGGGUUCAUCACACAGAGCCACUGAGAUGCCCAGGGCAUCUAGUGCUGCCACUGCUGCUACAACCCAUCCCAUGGAAAUCCCAGAGAUCUUUCCAGUGUGGCUUGGGCAUGUAUCUGCUGUUUCCAGCUCCUGCUAGGAAGAACACACAUCCAAAAGAGCAUCCUUCCAAAGUGUUGGGUCUGCCUGUUCCUUGGGACUCUCCUGACUUUUACAGUCUACUAGGUAAGGACAGGUUGAAAGAUUUUUCCCUACUUCUGCUUGAUUGAACAUUUAGGCACUGGGGCAAGUCAGAACGGUAAGGGGAGGGGUCAUUUGGCUCAUGAAGAUGGAUGUAAAAAUGGGUAGGAGAGCUAGAAAUGGAAAACUGAUAAGAGUGGUAGGUGCAAGGAACCAGACUCUUGGUACCCACUGUUGGGGUUGUUUCUAUUGGAAUAAACCAGAGAUGAAUCUCAAGAACUAAAAUGCAGAGACCUGGAGAGGUGAUUGUUGUUAGAAGGUGAGGAGCUGUCUGUUGGGAAGCUCCAGUUAUUCCUGGAGAAGGCCUGGCCAUGGGAGCUGUGAGGAUGGCUCUGCCCCCACCAUGCAGGGGUGUAUUGGAAAGGGAGGUGCAGUGGGAUCAGGGCUCUUUCCAUGGAGUCAGACUGAGCAUCCUCUAGUGUAGAGAACAGUGGCAUAAUCUUCCACUUUUGCCCCUUGCCAUCUAACAUGGGAAGUAAAUAACUGUGGAAAGGUUGUUGUUCUCUUCUGGUCCCUUCAUCCUCCCUUUUUUUGUUGGCAGUUUGUUCAUGUGCCAUCCAGCCCAUGAGAAGAGCUCACAACCCCAAAAGCCUUUCAGGCUGCCAAAGCAUCAUGCCCUCAAUGCCUGAGGCAUCUGGGCAUGAUCUUCCCUCUCCACCCCACCUGGGUUUCACCCUGGCAGGGAGCCUCAGUUCAGGUCCUGCAUGCAUCCUGAAGAUGCCUUUCCCAGUUACGGAGCUCAGCAUGGAGGAGAUUUCCCAUCUGCUUCUCCCACCCCGGACAGUGCCCAGGAGAGACAGGUCUGUACAGGCAUUAUUGCCACUUGCUGCUGUGGGCUCCCAGGAGCUCGGGGCCAGCUGAGCCCCUCAGGCCAGCCAGGGCCAGCCCCUGCUCGCCGAGCUGGAGACCUUCUCAGCUCAAGGGAGUUGGUGGCUUCUCAUCAGCACAGCCUCCCACCUCAGCUUCACUCCUGCAGUCCUGGGGUGCCCCAACUCCCUUUCCCACGGGCAGGCUUUCCAUGCUGCUAUUUGAUUUUUUUUUUCUAACUACCACGUUGGCACUGUCCAUCUCCUCCAGCAGGGCUGACAGGACUGGGAGCAGGAAAAGUUCUGCUCUGAGUCAUGUUAAAUCCAAUGACUUUUUUUAUUUUUUUCCAUUAGGGCAAAGCUUUGCCCUCUGUGUUUCAGGUGCUGUGUGUACCAUGCACCCAGAGGGAUAUGGAUAGGGGAGCCACGGGACACAGGAAACUGCUCAGCUCUUGUCCCCUGUGCUCCCAACCUUAGGCAAGGCCAGCUGGAUGGCCUUGCAGCAUCUACCACUGUUUGGGCUUCAAAUGCCCAGUGGACUCCUAGGAAAGACCCUCUGUGACUGUGGUGGCCGUUGGGUGGGAAGUGGGAGGGACAUCACCCCUGAGUCAGCGGCAUAGGGAAACAUCAAACCAGAAGUCUGGGGGAAGAGAAGAGGUGCUCAUACUGGUGAAAUUUAGCUGCUCAUAAAGUCCAGGUCACAUUAGUGCCAAGAUCUUCUCUGUCACAGAUAGUGAGCCAGGGCUGCACCUUACCUGGGGCCACCAGCCAGCUCCUGGCUCUGGGUGAUGUCCACGGCCAGGGGGAAGGGAAAGCUGGAGCAGAAAGCGGUGAACAUGGUGGGGUGGGAAACUCCAAUCAGCUGCUACCCCUCUCCCUCCCCACCCUCUGGCAGAUGGGCUGAGCUGGUGUCCUCCUGCUUUUCUUGCGUCUUCUGCUGUCCCACCCAGGCUGAGAAAGGAGGAUGGCACCAGAGGACUCUUGGAAUCGGGUUCCAGCUACCUCCCUUCCGGUUUCGGUUUCACUUGGUUGUAACUGUCGGUUUGUUCUAGGUUUUACCUGUGUUUAAGAAAAAAAAAAAGAAAAAAAAAGGGAAAAAAAAAAGAGAGAGAGAGAGAGAGAGAGAGAAAAAGAAAGCCCGAUAGCCAACAAAAGUUUCUUGCUGCGACUGAUUCAAAUGGGAAAAAAAAAAUAACAAGUGAGGCUUUACAGAGAGGGAUAAAAGAGGAAAAAAAAAAAAACAUAAAAAAGGAGAAAAGGAAAAGAAAAUCUGCAUAAUCCAAAUCCAAGAAGAGCAAAGCCUAUUUUUGUGUGUUUGAAAGGAAAACACCGAUUCUGCCAGCUGAGUAGAGAGCUAGAUACUAAGUGUAGAUUUCCCUAGAAGUACCGUGAGGUUUUAUAACAUUGUCUGGUUUUGUUUUCCUCGUGCGUUGUGAUAAAUCCAGGAACUAAGGCUAAGGGGUUUUUCCCCUGGUAUAUUGUUGUUUGUAGGGGGAGGGGGGCGGAGUUUGGUUUUGUUUUUUUUUUUCCAGAUUAUUUUUUUAAGUGUGUAUUUGUGCUUAUUUUUACGUUAUCCAACUGUACAUACGCAUUUAACCAGUAUUUCACUGUGCUCUAAUUACUGCACUCAGAAGCACUGCACAGUCUGAAUCCCAGAGAGCUGAGAGAGACUAAGAGUGAGUGGGGAAGGAGAAAGCUGCUACCUGAGCAGACAGGUGAUUCCCAAAGGUGGGAAGCGGGGUGCCAACCAUCCCCUUCCCACACUCCGGCCGGUUGUUUCCAUUCGAGGCCAAGCUAGAAGACAGGAAGGGAUGGGGUGAAGUCAACCAUGGAUGGGGUGAAAGUCAGCCAAGGCCGGGAUGCUCAGAGGGGUUUCAGAGCUGGCGGUUUGGCCUUUGAACUGAUUUGGAUGUCGUGGAGAUUCCCAGCCUUUCAGCAGCAUCUUGCCCUCCCCUGCCCGAUCCCUGGAGGCCCCAGUGAGAGUUAUUGGGCACGUUCAUACCACUGGGAGAGGACCAUGUGCCCGGCAUAGAUACACUCCAGGUACCUCCAUGGUUGUGGGCCCCAUUUUGGUCUCAGUGGUGCAGCUGAAUGGAUUUACUUUACGUUUUUUUCCAUGUCAUCCCAUGCUGUGGGGAAGGCCAUCUCCCUGCUGGGGAUGCAGCAGUGCUCCUGCCUCCAGUUGACCUUAUAUGUUGGGCACACUGAAGCCCUGGGGACAGCCCCCUUUCACUGAAGGACCUUGACCACUGAGUUCAGUGGGAGCACGACCAAAACAUCAGCAGGAGCAGGUCCGGGUGGCCCAAGAUGUAUUUCCUUGGAGCUACGGUCAAUGUGGGCAAUAGGGGUUUGGUGUUGGGCUGUUCCUGCCACCUGGGGGGUUCAGAUCCCAGUUCAUUUUGGCAGGAGCAAAGUGAGGCUUCAUGUUUUGUCUCUGUCUUCGUUUGGCAAACUGAACUCUCCCCUUUUCACCGGAUCUACACAUCCAAGAUUCACUAAGAGUGAGAAUCGCUUCCUCUGAGGCCACACACAAGAGCUUGGGUUGGCUUCAGGUGUUCGAUGAGGAGCCUUGGUGCAACUUGGUGGUGGUGUUAGGUCCAGUUGUCUUUGGUUCCCAUUCUGGCUUAGUUUAGUCUUUUGGGUUUUUUUCAUUCUUUUGGUGAGGCCAUAGUUCAGCCACCAGUUUCCAUCUUCUGAGUGCAAAGAACCAGGGCUUUAACGAAACAUUUCACCAGCAAUUCAAGAGGGAAUUGGAACCAUUGCGGAGUUUGCAUUGUACGGCCUCUGUAAUUACGUACCUGUCUGCAGAUGAUGGGCUGAAUUUUGCUCCCAUCAAGUCAACACAGGUUUUUGUUGUUGUUGUUGACUUCCCUGGGAGCAGGAUUGAGCCGUACUAUAUAUAUAAAUAUAUAUAUAAAUAUAUAUAUGAUAUAUAUAUAAUAUUAUGUGUGUAAUAUUAUAUAUAUAUCAGUGUAAUAUUUACAAAUAAAACUGUGAUCUCGUCUAGAGAAAAAUGUAUUCAUAUUACCAACUGCUCUUCCAUAUUUAUGUAUCAUAUUGUAUCUUUUUAUUAUUGUUAUAAUUAUUAUGAUUAUUAUGGUUAUUAUUAUUAUUAUUAUGGAAUCUUUCUUGGCACCUUUUGGAAGCCAUGUCAACCAAUACUCCAAUGAAGUGCUGAGGAUCUAUUUUCACAAGAAUUCUACUGGUCUACUGUAUAAAAGAGAAAAGAAAAAAAAAAAAAAAGAAA